CGUGGUUUCAAAUGUUACAUGAAUGAACGCCGCCUAGCGGACGGGCGAAAGGGUCGUCAUCGAUUGGUCGUGAUCCCGGGAAUCUUUUCAGUUUCAAUAUUGUUUUCUAUGCAAAUACGUGUUUCUAAAUUUGGAAAACAAUCUUGGAGGUAUGGAGAGACCCAAGAGGGACAGGAUUGAAAUGGGUAGUCUUUUGGAAGAAAGUGAAUCCCCAGACAAAUUAUCCCCAGUUGGAGGCGAGGAACAUAAAAGUCUUCAAGUACCCAGUUCCGAACCUUCAUACGGAAGUACCUUAAGUAUUGGACCGGAAGCAGGACCGGUAGCUUCUACGGCAAAUCUGCUGCGAAUUGAUCUUGAAAAGAAAAUCAGCAGACACACUGGGGAGGAGAGAGAGUCGUGGGACAGCCGGGCGGAGUUCCUGUUAUCCCUGGUUGGGUACGCCGUGGGGUUGGGUAAUGUCUGGAGGUUUCCUUAUCUGACCCAGAAAAAUGGUGGAGGAGCUUUUCUGAUUCCCUAUGCAGUAAUGUUAGCCAUAGAAGGAAUUCCGCUGUUUUAUCUAGAACUUGCCAUUGGACAGCGCCUGCGCAAAGGAUCAGUCGGUUCUUGGAAUCAAGUGUCCCCUUAUCUACAGGGCCUAGGUUUGGCUUCGGCUGCGGUCUCCUUCAAUGUGGCGCUUUAUUACAAUACAAUAAUGGCAUGGUGCAUCAUAUAUUUGGUUCAAAGUUUCCAGAGCCCUCUACCUUGGUCGGAAUGCCCAAUGGUUCAGAUGGGAAAUUCUUCAAUCAAAGAACCAGAAUGUGAGAGAAGUGGUCCAACGACUUAUUUCUGGUACCGUGAAACUCUGAACAUAGCACCUUCCAUAGAGUCAGUGAGCGUUAUAAACUGGAAAUUGGCGCUCUCCCUCCUGGCCGCUUGGAUCAUUGUGUACCUGUGUAUGAUCAAAGGGAUCAAGUCAUCCGGAAAAGUUGUGUAUGUCACAGCGACCUUUCCCUAUCUCGUCCUUAUUAUAUUUUUCUUCCGAGGAAUUACAUUACAUGGAUUUGAGAGAGGACUAGAACAUUUAUUUGUCCCAGAGUGGGGGAAGCUAUUUGAGCCUGAGGUGUGGCUAGAUGCGGCUACACAGAUCUUCUACUCCUUUGGUUUAGCCUUUGGGUGUCUGAUUGCCCUGUCUUCCUAUAACCCGAUCAGGAAUAACUUCGUCCGUGAGGCCCUGAUUGUCACCAUCGCGGACUUCUUCACCUCCAUAUUUACAGCCUGUGUCGUCUUUUCAGUCUUAGGUUUUAAAGCAACUAUGGCAUACGAAGAUUGUCUAGCAAAAGACGAGAAUACAACAUUGGAAAAUGGAACAAAUACAGUUUGUGAUUUCAAAACCAUUAUUUCAGAGUCGGGAUCUGGUACAGGACUAGCUUUUAUAGCUUUUACAGAAGCCAUCAACCAGUUCCCUAUCGCCCCUCUCUGGUCUGUACUGUUCUUCCUCAUGCUCUUCACGCUAGGAUUGGACAGCAUGUUUGGUACACUAGAGGGCGCUUUAACGUCUAUCAAUGACAUGAUGCUGUUUCCAAAACUCAGAAAAGAAAUACUGUGUGGUAUUGUCUGUCUGGUAUCUUUCCUGAUCUCGCUGUGUUUCGCCACCAGUACCGGAUCUUACGUCUUCAGUCUCUUUGAUUCCUUCUCAGCCAAUAUACCAUUGCUGAUUAUAGCAUUCUUAGAAUUUUUAGCAAUGUCUUACAUAUAUGGUCUUCAAAGGUUAUGCAACGAUAUAGAACUGAUGAUCGGAAGUCGCCCCGGAUAUUUUUGGUUACUGUGUUGGCGGUUUAUAGGCCCAGUUGCUAUGAUCGUUAUUUUUGUUGCAAGUCUUAUAGAAAUUUUCUCAAAAGGAGUCAGUUAUGAAGUGUGGAACUCAUUAAAGGGGUACACAGAAGUGGUGCCGUGGCCCUGGUGGUGCCAGGUGAUAGCGGUUCUUCUGAUCUUAUCGUCCGUGCUCUGGAUUCCGCUGGUGGCCAUAGUGAAAUACUUCCGACUUAUAGACUGGAAAGAGGAAGUUCCGGCCUACUUCCCGGAGGAAGAGCUGGCGGAGGAGAGACAAUAUCAACCACAUAUCAGUAGCAAACUAGAACAUAUUCUGUUUGGAUUUAGAGAGUAGGAAUAUAGGAAUAGUAUAGAAAAAAAUAUGUUGUUGUCACCAGUGAAUAUAGGACUAUUCAGAGAGCAACGUUACGCGAAUAUUUGCACGGUUGUUCUCAUGACCAGAUGUAAACUUCCAAAGUAGUAGUACUUAGAAUGAGGUUACAAUAGUGCCAGACACUGAAACACAACAAGGAUGAAUACGAAAAAAAUAGUAAAAGGGUCCUAAGUGAACAUUUUUAGUUUAUAAAAUUACAUGCACGUUGUAUACCAGGUAUGUGUAAUGACUGUGCAUUGGAAAGACAAUAAUCUUCAAAGAGUUAACAAUGGAUUUGAACACUACAACAGUCAAAGGCCAUUUAGUAAUGAAUGUUU